AGGCGCCUGCUUCCUUCCUCGUCCCCAAGAGCAGGCACCGAGAGCCCCCACCUGGAGUCAUGGCCAGCCCCCCAGGCAGCCCUGAAGAUGCAGGCAAGCUGCGAGGAGGCAGGGAGGGCUGGCAGAGGAGGGAGGACGACGCUCCGGAGCAGAAGAGGUUGAGGCUGGGUCUGCGAGCGGGAAGCGAGCCCCAGGACGGAGCCACGGCACCGGGUCCAACCCGGGACGAGCUCGCCACCAACACAGGUGGCGAAGGCAGAAGUGAUCUGCUGUCUCUGCCUCCCAGCCUGGUUGAGAGUCAGGUUUUGGUGAGUCCUGUUCCUGCUGUUGGCCAAGUUGAGGAAACUGCUCAAAGACCUCAUGAAAGUGGGACUCACGGCUUCCUUGAUCGGGCUCAGCAUUCAGAUAUCAAAGCUGACUGCAAUAGCUGCGUGGAAACAGAGGACAGAAAGGUUUUGAGGCAACAGAUGAAUUGUGAAAGAGAGCAGCUGAGGGGUAAUCAGGAAGCAGCGGCAGCCCCUGACACAAUGGCUCAGCCUUAUGCCUCAGCCCAGUUCGCUCCGCCUCAGAAUGGCAUCCCUGCAGAAUACACGGCCCCUCAUCCCCAUCCCGCGCCAGAAUACACCGGCCAGACCACCGUCCCCGACCACACAUUAAACCUGUACCCUCCUACACAGACGCACUCGGAGCAGAGUGCUGACACAAGCGCGCAGACCGUCUCUGGCACCGCCACACAGACAGAUGAUGCAGCACCUACUGAUGGCCAGCCCCAGCCCCAGCCUUCUGAAAACACAGAAAACAAGUCCCAGCCCAAGCGACUGCAUGUGUCCAACAUCCCCUUCCGAUUCCGGGAUCCAGACCUCCGACAAAUGUUUGGUCAAUUUGGUAAAAUAUUAGAUGUUGAAAUUAUUUUUAAUGAGCGAGGCUCGAAGGGAUUUGGUUUCGUAACUUUCGAAAAUAGUGCGGAUGCGGACAGGGCGAGGGAGAAAUUGCACGGUACCGUGGUAGAGGGCCGUAAAAUCGAGGUGAAUAAUGCGACAGCACGUGUAAUGACUAAUAAGAAGACCGUCAACCCCUACACCAAUGGCUGGAAAUUAAAUCCAGUUGUGGGUGCGGUCUACAGCCCCGACUUCUAUGCAGGCACGGUGCUGUUGUGCCAGGCCAACCAGGAGGGAUCUUCCAUGUACAGUGGCCCCAGUUCACUUGUAUAUACAUCUGCAAUGCCUGGCUUCCCCUACCCAGCCGCCACUGCUGCAGCAGCAUACCGAGGGACUCACCUGAGGGGCCGUGGCCGCACGGUGUACAACACCUUCAGGGCUGCAGCGCCCCCACCCCCGAUCCCGGCCUAUGGCGGUGUUGUUUACCAGGAUGGAUUUUAUGGUGCAGACAUUUAUGGUGGUUAUGCUGCAUACCGCUACGCCCAGCCCACCCCUGCCACUGCCGCUGCCUACAGUGACAGGACAAGCAGUAUUGAGAGCUCUUUUGCCAUUGUUCACCUGAGUGGCAGUCCCACCAAGGGACACUCAACCCCUUCCAUACCACAACAGUUGAACAAGAAGAUUGAAAGUAACAACAGUAUGCAACUGUCCUAG